UAAACUACAUUCCAAGAUGGAAAAUGUUGCUUUAUGAGUUAUUGAUAGGUGUGCAGAUAGCAGAUUUGAUUUAGUCAUGCAUGCUGAAACGGAGAGGAAAUUAUAAGUCCACAUUCUGAAAAACAAGGCAGCUUGUAACUCAGAUUUGCCUCACGUCUUAGGCAAAACCCACAAGUAACUAAGGUGAAAUACAGUAGAAGUAAAAAAAAAUUAAAAACACAGUACCAGUAAUAUGUUCGAUCUCUUCUGGCUUUUGAGUUAUUGUAGAUAAAAAUUUAAAAUCCCAAUAUAUGUUGAUCUAAGCUCUUUGACGAAAAACAAAAUAUUUGAAUAUGAGACUGAUAAACUAUAAAGAAAUACACUAGUUUUAAUAUUAAUUAAUGUAUAUAGUAGCGAUGAUCUAAAUACCCUAAAGGCCCCAGAUUCUAUCUGAGCUUGGAAGCCAAGAGGUCAGCCCUGGUUACUACUUGGAUGGGGAGUCGCAAACAAAUGCUGGAUGCUGUAGGCUAUAUUUCAGAGGAAGGAACUGGCAAAAUCACCUCUCAGUAUUUCUUGCCUAAGAAAACCUAAUGAAAUUCAUGGGAUUACCAUGAAUUAACAAAUGACACACACAUAUAGUAGUGAUUUCAUUUAGGAUUUUAUUUAUAUUUUUAAUAUAAAAUGUUAGCUUUUAAUUGCAAAUUACUUUGAUUUCUGAAAGAGGAUUUUCUUUUUUAGUCAAAGGAGCAGGAGGCAGAGGCCAACCUUUUGAAGGUGUUGGUGUUCUGACCAUUCCUCUUGUAAAAUAGUUGUGCAGCCAUACUUUUAAAAUAUAGCAUCUUGUUCACUUUAUAUAUCCAGAAAAUCCCUGCUACUUCAAUUGCUUAUGUUCAUAACAAACAUUUUGGAUAACAGUGGCAAAGGGACACAGGCUGAAGUUAGCUAAACUGCAAAAAUUAAUUUUUAGGGAGCAAUGAUUAAGUGUGAGCAUAGCCUUCCAAAUUUUAUUCUUUUGAAACAAAGAGAUUGUGUGUGAGAGUGAGGGAGAGAGAGAAAAAUUAUUUCAAGACUGUCAGACCAUGGCACCUUGCCCACUGCCAUGACUCCUAAUAGUUUUGAAGGUUUGUAGAAAGAAUAAUUUAUUCCAUUAUAGGUGCUAGUGGUUACAUCAGAGACCUCCUUUAAGCAACUUAUAUGAUGUAACUCGACUGGUGCGCCUCAUAGGCCUCCUUUGCUUGUUUUACUGGAGAUAUUCCAUGUGUCUUUGCAGUAUAUAGUAAAUGCAACUCCUCUGGCAUGCACUAGUAAGAACUGCAUAAACAGCUAUGAUCUCUAGUGUCCCCUCAUAGCUUGCGUAUUUUGUUGAAAUCGGUUUUAUUGUUAUUUUUACAUAGCCCUAAGACACACAGUGAGUAAUAAUUUUUCUUCUUUUUUCUCAGCCUCAUUAUCAAUAGUUGAGACAGUCAGCGGCACAGCAGAAAGAAGAAAGUGAGAAAUCUGAAUAAAUCAGUCUUUAUUAGUCAUAGGAAUAUAUGGCCUUCUACUGAGUCAACCCAUAAAUCUGGUACUCUCUACAAUAGGGGUGGGAAACCUUGGGGCCUCCAGCUGUUUAGAUGUCCUCUUCCAACUAACAUGGUUAUAGCAAUGGUUCUCAACCUGUGGAUUCCCAGAAAUCCUAACAGCUGGUAAACUGGCUAGGAUUUCUGGGAGUUGUAGGCCAAAACAUCUGGGGACUCACAGGUUGAGAACCACUGGUCUAUAGUAAGGGCUAUGGGAAUUCUAUUCCAAACAAGUGACAGGCUAAAUACUCCCCACUUCUUGUUUACUUCAUUUUUCUUCAACUUUUCCUCAAGCGAGAUGUUUUCCACAGCCAUCAGAUGUGAUUGACUAUAUAUUCCUAUACACUCCAGUCAUAUUGGUCAUGUGUGUAUUGAUUGAUAGAAAGGGAUCAGAAAGGUUGAGACAGUAGUAGGACUGCUAGACCCACCUAGGGUCCACUCAUCCCAAAACUAAAAGUAAUUAAUGAAUAGUGUUAAUUGCCAAUAAACAUAAUAGAAUGGGAAGUUACCUAGUCCAACCCUGUGCCAUGAAGGAAAUCACAGUUAAACCACUUCUGAAAUAUACUAUUCAAUGUCUCUUUAAAGAUCUCCAAAGGAGGAGAGACUACUAUGUUCUGAGGCAGUUUCUUUGGGCUGCUGAACAUCUCUUACAGACAGGAAACAUUUCUAAUGCUUAGUCAGAGCCUUUUUCCUUGUAGCCUGAGUUAACAAAUAUGGGACCUGCUCUUUGGAGGAGCAGAAAACAAGCUUCCACUGACAGACCUUUAGAUAUUUUGAGAUGGCUAUCAGAGUAGCUCUCAAGUUCUUCCCAAGAAGCUUAAGAAAAGUACUCUACAGGAGAGAUGCAAAAUGAAGCAUGAGGAGGUGGUAAGAAUACAAAGUACAGUAUGUACAAAAACAGUACAAAAACACGUGUUUCGAAAUAACCCAGCUGAAAUUUCCCGUUGUCUAUUCUAGUAUAGAGAUGUCCACAGUAGAUGACUACUCUGGUCUGUGAAGAGUUUGUGCCUCUCAUGAUAAAGAUGAGUAUGCAUACAACAAUCAGUCUGUGAUGAGUAAGCAAUGUCUCCAAGAAAUCGUGCAAGGAGAUGUCUAUAUAUCCCCCCUUUAGGUCUUUAGUGGACUACAAAUAACUAAGAGGUAUGUGCAAGCCCACCAAAAUGCUUGAGGGCAAUAACAUGCAUGAUCUUGCUUCCUAGACUGUAUUAAAGGAAUCUGAAAGCCAAAUGCUGAGAGGUUAAGCAAGCUCUCUCAGUGUCUCAUUGAUCUAAUAUGUCCUCUGCUUUUUUCCUGGAAAUUCUCUUCUCUGUACUUCUUUUAGCAAAAUUCUUGAUGAAUUCCAGCUGUGGGAAGACCCAGCUAUGGGUUCACAAAGGUUGAUGAUCUACAGUUCCUUCUUACUUCUUUGAUGGAUUGUGUUUUUUUCUUUUGGGGGGGGGGGGGGCUGAUGUGUGCUAACAGUAUUUGCCAGGGAUAACAUUUAUGACUAAUUGAAAAGUGUAUAGCUGAAGAGGGAGGGCAGCAAGUGUCUUGGGGAAAUUUCCAUGGCGACUAACAUAUAGUGGUGAUGACUAACUCAUCCACACGCCAAAAGACAAAAGAGAUCUGGUCUCGCUGAACUGGAUGAUCCGAUAAACAAAAGCGGUUUUCCCCUGACAUGAAGUCUAGUCGUGUCUGACUCUGGAGGUUGGUGCUCAUCUUCAUUUCUAAGCCAAAGAGCCGGCGUUGUUCGUAGACACCUCCAAGGUCAUGUGGCUGGCAUGACUGUAUGGAGCACCAUUACCUCCCCAUCGGAGUGGUACCUAUUGAUUUACUCACAUUUACAUGUUUUCGAAAUGCCAUGUUGGCAGAAACUGGGGCUGACAGUGGGAGCUCAUUCCACUUAAGCCGCCGACCUUUCGGUCAGCAAGUUCACCAAACUCCUGGAGCGUUUCCAUCAGCAUUGCCUCAGGAAAAUCCUGCAAAUCUCUUGGGAAGACAGGCGGACAAAUGUCAACGUGCUGGAAGAAGCAAAGACCACCAGCAUUGAAGCGAUGCUCCUCAGCCAUCAACUCCGCUGGACUGGCCACGUCGUCCGAAUGCCCGAUCACCGUCUCCCAACGGGAAACGUAAUGUUGGUGGGCAGGAAAAGAGAUUUAAAGAUGGGCUCAAAGCCAACCUUAAAAACUGUGGCAUAGACACUGAGAACUGGGAAGCCCUGGCCCUUGAGCACUCUAAUUGGAGGUCAGCUGUGACCAGCAGUGUUGCGGAGUUCUAAGAGGCACGAAUGGAGGGCUUAAAGGAGAAACGUGCCAAGAGGAAGGAGCCAAACCUGACCGAGACCGCCUUCCACCUGGAAACCGAUGUCCUCAUUGCGGGAGAACAUGCAGAUCAAGAAUAGGUCUCCAGUCACCUGUGGACACACACGCAUGACACCGGAAACGGAGGACCAUCAUCCUCGACCUAUGAGGGAUCGCCUAAGUAAGUAAGAUUAUUUGCUGCAGUUUGGAUACUUACAGAAGCCAUUGGAACAGUUCUCAAAUAACUUCACGGAAGAAGAGAUUGAGGAAGCUUUGAGGUCCUUCCAGCUUGCAUCAGGAUUGCCUGUCACCGGGCGGGUGGAUGUGGCAACUCUUUCCCAAAUGCGGCAGCCCCGUUGUGGGGUGGAAGACCCGUUCAAUGAGAGAACCCUCAAGUAUCUGCUCUUGGGUCGCUGGCGCAAGAGGCACUUGACUUACCGGCUUUACAGCCACAGUGAAGAUAUGGGGGCUGCGGCCACCCGCACUGCUAUCAAAACUGCUUUCAAGUAUUGGAGCGAUGUGACGCGGCUCACUUUCCAGGAGGUGCGGACUGGCCGAGCUGACAUCCGCCUCGCCUUCCACGGUUCUUCUCCUUGGGGCUGCUCACGGCCCUUCGAUGGUCCUGGACAUGUCCUGGCUCAUGCUGACAUCCCUGAAUUAGGCACAGUUCAUUUCGAUUCAGCCGAGCACUGGACAGAGGGAACGCCACGGGGUGUCAACCUGCGCAUCAUUGCUGCACAUGAGAUUGGCCAUGCGCUGGGGCUGGGUCACUCCCGACACCCAACAGCCCUGAUGGCACCCUCCUACAGUGGCUACCGGCCCCGCUUCCGUUUGCAUCAUGAUGAUAUCGAGGGCAUCCAGGCCUUGUAUGGCAAAAAGACUCUGUCAACUACAACAGUAAUGACCUCCCCUGCCCGUACUACCGUCCCUACAGUCUCUGUGAAGCCUAGUAAAGUCCCCAACCCAUGCAAAGAUGGGCUGGAUGCCAUCAUGCUGGGGCCCUAUGACAAGACCUAUGCUUUCCGUGGGGAUUAUGUGUGGACAGUGACAGACUUUGGGACGAAUCCUCCGCUGAAGAUCUCAGCCUUGUGGAAGGGGCUGCCAGGCUGGCUGGAUGCAGCUGUGCAUUCACCUCGCACUGGGCGGACAUACUUCUUCAAAGGUAGUAAAUUGUGGCGUUAUCAAGGCUUCAAGCUGGAUCGUGGCUACCCCAAACCCCUCACUCGUAUCCCAGCUAAGAUAGAUGCUGCUCUCUACUGGCCAGGAAAUAAGAAGGUCUUCAUCUUUAAGGGCACUGGCUUCUGGCAGUGGGAUGAACUGGGGACCCAUUUCACCUCCCUCCCCAGGAAGAUCUCCAGCCUUUUCACUGGAGCCCCAACCCACCUAGAUGCUGCAUUCACCUGGGAGAACGGCAAGGUCUACUUUUUCAAAGGGCAGAGCUACUGGAGGCUCAAUGACCAACUACGGGUUGAGAGAGGUUACCCACUGAGUACACCUGAGCGCUGGAUGCAUUGCUAACACUGAGAAGGAUUGCCCUUGCUUGCUUCCCAGGAGGAGCUUGCAUCCCAUUUCUCAUAGACUCUGCAGCAAUGAGAUUUUUCUUUAUGGACCCAACAGCGGCGCCUAGUGGCGAGAGACCAGAACAACCCUUCUCAAAAAAGGACCAAGCGGGGCGGGUGGGAAUAAAUACAAUGGACAGCUUGCACAUCUCUUGUUCUGAACUUUGAUCUUUUAGUGCUGGACUCCAUCAACAAUCAUGUUUACUUUGGCAUCGGUAUGAUUGGCAGAAAGGGCUAGUCCAGUCUCAGGAUGUAAGAAGUCUAGGAGAAGGAAGAAAUGGCAUGUGGUGGGGAUUGGGUGCAAAUCCACAUUAAUAAGGCUAGUCAGCAAUAAAGUUUUAAGAAUUACAUAUUUUUUGACAACUGAAGCUGAUAUGCCAGAAUUAUUCUUAUCUGCGGGGCACAUAUCCAUUUACUAUUGUGCCUGGAGAAACAAUUCACUUUGCCUUUGAGUUUUACCAGAACAAGGGUUAGAUUCCUUGUUUAAGGCCAAAAUGUCAUGGGAAAUACAUGUAAUAUGUUGGGGUGGGUUUGGGCAUGUCCUUUAUGGCACACAUACAAGCCACCUUAGUGAUUGCUAGCCAAAACCCCGAUGGUUCAUACUGUGUUCCAUGUUCACCAGUCAUUAUCAGUUCUUGUGGAUCAAGCAGAAGGAGUGGAGACUUUUAAUUCAGAAGGCCUGAAUGUACACAGCUGGCUAGCCGCAGCAGUUGCACCAGACGUACUCCGUCCAGAAUUUUAAAAAAUAAAGAAUAUGAUGGCAAACAGUAA